UUUCAUUUACGCAUUUCUAGUGAUAAUCACGUUUUGAAAAGCCUACAUUAUGGUAUAUAAAGAAGAUCUCGUUUAGCAAAGUCAUUAGUCUCAUUUCUUUGAAUUGACAAUAUCAACCAAAAAACUAACAUGAACAAGUUCAUUACCCUCGCUUUGUUCGCUCUCUGCGCAACCAUGGCCCAUGGUCAAGUGAUCUAUCCAGGCUACAACUUGGGUUUGGGAGGUCUCUACUCUCAACAAAACGGAGGUGCCGCUUCGGGCUCUGAUGCUUCUGCUUCAGCUCAAGCCUCAACCAGCUCCAACUCUGCCAGCAAUGGAGCCAUCACAACCCAACAAGUGCCAUCAUGGAUUUCACCUUUGGGUGGCCCAAUUGUUGGACCUUAUGGUGGCCCACUUGUUGCUGCUGCCCCAAAUGGAUGGGUUAGCCCAAUGGCUGGUCCAUGGGUGUCUCAAGGAUACCCAAUCAACGCUGUUGGCCCAAUCAACGCUGUUGGCCCAAUCGGUGCCAUCGGUCCAGUCGGCCCAUGCGGACAAGGCAUCGUCUCCUUCUAAGCAAUUACCCAGUGAGUGUAAUUAGCGGAACACGAAAAAUCCUUAAAAAAAUUGGUGAUAUUAGAAUGAUAAUAAAAAUCUAAUUUUAGUUUGCAAAAAAAAAA